AUGCCCCCGUCAGACGGAGGCCACGCCCACAACAGGUGUGGGCCACGACCCAAUCAGGAGGAGGCCCCGGGCUUUGGCCCCGCCCCCAAUCCGGGCUGCCGGCCCCGCCCACCGGCCGCCGUCCAAGCCCCCGUCGGCUGCAGGCCCCGCCCCAAUCAGAUGUCGGCCCCGGCCUUUGGCCCCGCCCCCUGGUGCGGGCCCCGCCCCAACCAGAUGGAGCUCCGGGCUUUGGCCCCGCCCCCUACCGCGGGCCCCGCCCACCGGCUGUCGGCCACGCCCUCGUCAGAUGGAGGCCCCGCCCACAACAGGCGUGGGCCCCCACCCAAUCAGAUGGAGCUCCAGACUGUCGGCCCCGCCCCCGUCAGACGGAGGCCCCGCCCACAACAGCUGUGGGCCACGGUCCAAUCAGGUGGAGGCCCCCGGGCGUCGGCCCCGCCCACCGGCUGUCGGCCACGCCCUCGUCAGAUGGAGGCCCCGCCCCAAUCAGAUGUCGGCCCCGGCCUUUGGCCCCACCCCCUGGAGCGGGCCCCGCCCCCUACCGCGGGAGCCGCCCACCGGCUGUCGGCCACGACCUCGUCAGAUGGAGGCCCCGCCCACAACAGCUGUGGGCCCCGACCCAAUCAGAUGGAGCUCCCGGGCUUUGGCCCCGCCCCCUGUGGCGGGCCCCGGCCCCGCCCCCGUCAGAUGGAGGUCCCGCCCACAACAGCUGUGGGCCACGGUCCAAUCAGGUGGAGGCCCCCGGGCGUCGGCCCCGCCCACCGGCUGUCGGCCAAGCCCCCGUCGGCUGCAGGCCCCGCCCCAAUCAGCUGUCGGCUCCGGCCUUUGGCCCCGCCCCAAUCAGAUGGAGCCCCAGGGCUUUGGCCCCGCCCCCUACCGCGGGAGCCGCCCACCGGCUGUCGGCCACGCCCUCGUCAGAUGGAGGCCCCGCCCACAACAGGUGUGGGCCCCGACCCAAUCAGAUGGAGCUCCCGCGCUUUGGCCCCGCCCCCGUCAGGCGGAGGCCCCGCCCCCCACAGCUGUGGGCCACGGCCCAAUCAGGUGGCGGCCCCCGGGCGUCGGCCCCGCCCACCGCCAGCCGCCGCCAUGUUGUGUGGCUGA